AUGUAUACCCUUGAAUACACUCUAUUUAUGAUACUGAGACAAAAAUGGUAUGAUAAACGUCUACAGUACAACAUAAUUCCUGGUGUUCGGGCACUUGAGUUAGACCCGAAGGCAAUGAAUAGUGUAUGGGUUCCUGAUCUUUAUAUGGUAAAUGAGAAGAGAGCUAUUAUCCACGAUAUCACAACACCAAACAAACUGUUACAUAUCUACAGCGAUGGUCAAGUUGUUUAUAGUAUGAGACUAUCCGUGACUUUGUCAUGUCAGAUGAACCUCUUAAAGUACCCUAUGGAUUUCCAGAUUUGUUCCGUUGAUUUAGAAAGUUAUGGUUACAGUACCGACAGGUUGAUGUUGAGAUGGAACAAUGUACCUGUAGAAUUGGCAGCCAAUAUGUCUUUACCACAGUUUAUACUGGAUGAUAUCAACACUGCUAUCUGUGAUAGGUUGUAUGCUGGCAUCAAAUAUACUUGUAUUACUAUGAAAAUACACUUCACAAGAAAAUAUGGAUACCAUCUGAUACAGGAGUUCAUCCCAAGUGCUCUUAUAGUCAUGCUCUCCUGGGUGUCGUUUUGGAUCAGCUUAGAAGCAGUCCCAGCAAGAAUAUCAAUUGGCUUGUUGUCUGUCCUAACUAUGACUACACAGAGUUCAGGGUCACGUACAAAGUUACCUGAAGUAUCGUACAUUAAAGCUAUUGAUAUUUGGAUGAGUGUCUGCAUGCUGUUCGUCUUUGCUGCACUGCUUGAGUAUGCUCUUGUCAAUGUUUUUGAUAGGAAACAGAAGAGACAUGAGACAUAUGUCGACGCUAAUGGAGUGGGGAAAGAGGGAAAGACAGAUAAAAGACACUAUAGAUGCUGUUGUUUAAAAGGAAGAGAAAGGGCCAGGAUAAUUGAUAAGUUUUCCCGUGUCUUGUUUCCAAUGACGUUCACAAUAUUCAAUAUGUUUUAUUGGUCUGUUUAUCUGAUUUGGGAACCAGUAGAAACACUUCAGCACUGAGAAGACACAUAUUUACAUUCGAAAGAUCAUUGUUAUAUUGUAUUUCAACAAACCGUGUGUGAUAACUAAUUUUCCUCAAGUCAUGACCACAUCGUUGUAUCAUGUUACAGGUAUGCCAACAUUUUGCCUUAAAUUGGGAAGUUUUAACAAAUAAACUAGUAUUUUUCCACGUUAGACAAAGUUAAGAGCAUGUUUAAUGUUUUCAUCGUAGAAUGUAUUUGAACAGCACAUUUAUUGUUUA